AUGCCUCAGCCACUGGAUUUGCACUGGAGGCUGCAACUGGGAACCUUCCUGAGGGUGUCAUCUCCCAGCUUCUCGCUGCCCCAUCCCUUGGUCCCCAGUUGCAUCCUGCAUAGAGGUCCUCCUCCCUCACCUCUGCAGCCCAAGCCCCAGAAUGCCGUCACCAUCGCGGUGUCCUCGCGGGCCCUGUUCCGCAUGGACGAGGAACAGCGCAUCUACACAGAGCAGGGCGUGGAGGAGUAUGUGCGCUACCAGCUGGACCACGAGAACGAGCCCUUCACCCCUGGCCCAGCCUUCCCCUUCGUGAAGGCUCUGGAGGCUGUGAAUAAGAGGCUACGGGAGCUGUACCCUGAUAGUGAAGACAUCUUUGACAUCGUCCUCAUGACCAAUAAUCACGCCCAAGUGGGCGUCCGUCUCAUCAAUAGCAUCAACCAUUAUGACCUGUUCAUCGAGAGGUUCUGCAUGACGGGUGGAAAUAGUCCCAUCUGCUACCUCAAGGCUUAUCACACCAACCUCUACUUGUCUGCUGACUCGGACAAAGUGCGAGAAGCCAUUGACGAAGGGAUCGCAGCUGCAACCAUCUUCAGCCCGAGCAGGGACGUGGCUGUGUCCCAGAACCAGCUGCGUGUAGCCUUUGAUGGUGACGCCGUGCUCUUCUCCGACGAGUCUGAGCGCAUCGUCAAGGCCCACGGGCUGGACCGCUUCUUCGAACAUGAGAAGGCUCAUGAAAAUAAACCUUUGGCCCAGGGACCUUUGAAGGGCUUUCUGGAGGCGCUGGGGAGGCUGCAGAAAAAGUUCUACUCCAAGGGCCUUCGGCUAGAGUGUCCGAUCCGCACGUACUUGGUGACGGCCCGCAGCGCAGCCAGUUCAGGGGCCCGGGCUCUCAAAACCCUGCGCAGCUGGGGCUUGGAGACCGAUGAGGCUCUUUUUCUGGCGGGUGCACCCAAAGGCCCUCUCCUGGAGAAGAUCCGCCCGCACAUCUUCUUUGAUGACCAGAUGUUCCACGUGGCGGGGGCUCAGGAGAUGGGCACUGUGGCUGCCCAUGUGCCUUAUGGCGUGGCGCAAGCACCCCGGAGGACUGUGGCCACAAAGCCAGCCCCACCUGCACAGUAGUUAAGCCACCAAUUUUCCUAGAACCUCCUGAUCUCCUGACACAGCGGCUCUUUCUCGUUCCUUGGCUCCCUUUCCUCUGCAUGUCUCUCCUCAUCCCUGAAGGACGGGUGGGAGAUGGCGCAGACCAGCUCAGCUUUCUCACCAGCCCAUAGUUGGGGCACACACAGUCUUGCCAGGAAAGAAAAAUGGCAAUGUAGCUGGAUUUGGGGGCAAGGUUGAUGGAUGAAGGGAAGAGCCAGUAUGGAAAGGAGCUCGGUCUCUUUCAAAGAUCGGUGCAUUGAGGAAAAAGCCUUCUGGGUUGGUCUGGCAUGAAUUACAUCCUAUGAGAAAGUCUUC